AUGGGCCACAAAACAAGUCUCAACCAUAGUGUAAUGAAAGAAAACCCUCAACUCUGUUCAUGCCAAAAACUUGAUUCUCUAAAAGAGGCUCAGUUAUUACUUUAUAUUAUUUUUGGCCUGAUAUCAUUUCUCACAUUAAUUGGAAACCUCCUGGUGAUCAUAACCAUUAUUCAUUUCAAACAGCUCCACACACCAACUAAUUACCUCAUUCUGUCUCUGGCUGUAGCUGAUCUGUUUGUAGGAGGACUUGUGAUGCCUCCCAGUAUGAUACGCUCUGUAGAGACCUGCUGGUAUUUGGGGAAAUUAUUCUGUAAAAUACACAGCAGUCUUGAUGUCACAAUGUCUACUGCUUCUAUUUUAAAUCUGUUUCUAAUUUCUGUAGAUCGAUAUUAUGCAGUGUGUCAUCCUCUUCUGUACCACAGUAAAAUGACUACAAAUAUGACUCUAUUUAUGAUUAUUGCUAGUUGGACCCUCUCUGCUUUUGUGGGGUUUGGCAUGACAUUUCUGGAGCUCGGCAUUCUGGGAGUUGAAGAUUUUUACUACAGUAAUAUUGCCUGUGAGGGAAUCUGUAUCCUGUUUGUCAGUAAAACAGCAGGUGCUGUGUUCACAGUGCUCUGUUUCUACAUCCCUGCUGCUCUGAUGGUCAGCAUAUACCUGAAAAUAUUCCACAUUGCUCAAAGACAAGCACGCUCGAUUCAGUGCAUCCAAAACAAGCCUUCACUACAGAAAACUGAGAUAAAAGCCACCAAAACUUUAGCAAUUGUCAUAGGUGUUUUUCUUUUAUUUUGGACCCCAUAUUUUAUUUGUGCUGUAGUUGAUCCUUUUAUUGGAUAUAUAAUUCCAAACAUUGUAUAUGAUUUAUUUGCUUGGGUUGGUUAUUCCAAUUCUACAUGUAAUCCAAUUGUGUAUGCAUUCUUCUAUAGCUGGUUUAGGAAAUCAUUUAGAGUUAUUCUAUUGGGAAAAAUAUUUCAGCCUAAUUCAUCCAGAAUUAAAUUGUUUUGA